AUUUCCUAAACUUUUUGUAAUGGAAGGUUAUCAAGGCACUUCUAUUCGUCAACCAGUCGCCAUGACUUAUUUAUGUGCUGAUUGUGGCGCAGAAAAUCAAUUAAAACCUAGAGAGCCUAUUCGUUGUCAAGAUUGUGGUCAUAGAAUCAUGUAUAAAAAGAGAACCAAAAGAAUGGUGCAAUUUGAAGCUCGUUAAGCUAUGUAAAUAUUUUGUUGGUCGGUCUAUGUAAAUGAAGAGUUUAUGAAGAAAUAAUAAAAGUAUAAUAGAUUAAUAAUAAUUUGAUUCGUCAAGUAUUUUACAUAGAUGCCAAUUAUUCUUUGUGUUUUAUUUUAUUUUAUUUUUCAUCACUGCUGUGUAUUCCUUAAAGGCAGUAAUCUUUCUCAUUAUCCGAAAGACAAUUCUUUAAUCAUGAACAAGCAAUUAAA